CUGCACAUCACUACAGUAACGUUAGAGCGGGAAGUCCGGAAGUAAUUUCUUCACCAAAGGAACAACAUCCGCGGGCCAAAUUUGAAAAAAGUAUUUGUCGAAAAUUGCUACAUAUUUUCCAAGGUUGACCCCAUCGCUCUUACGAAUGAAUCCGUGGGACAUUGCUCCAUAUUCAGUGACACCAGUUGCAAGUCUUUUGACCAGAUGCGUCGCCUCGGGUGUUCUUUCCCAGGAGGAUGUUGAUUCUGUCCCUAGAGAACCCCACGUCUUUUCCCCACAUCUCCUGGAAGCUGAACAGCUCAUCACUAUGGAACGGGAGCUUGACAAGAUCAAUCUAGAAAUGGAGUUGUUGAAGUUGGAAAAAGAAAGCGCAGAUGUCACUCACAAAUUUUAUUUGAGUCAAAGGUUUACAUCAUUGCAGCAAUUCACCUCCCAUCUACAAGAUGUGCUGAGAGAACAGGCAAGCCUGCGCCGAAGACUGAUGAAACCACUGUGUCAGACUAACCUGCCCAUAGAGGCAGAUCUUCACAGAUAUGUGGUGGAGGUCAUGAGGAUGGUGGUGGAAUUCAUUGAGAACUUGGAGGCAAAGAUAAGCACUGUUCGUUCUAUUCCCACCAUUGAUGAUUCCAUGAGCAAUCUGAACAAUGGCAUAGCUCAGCUCCUAGCCCAGGUGACAGAGGUGGAAAGACUCUCUAAACAGAUUCUACAGUGGAGAAGUCAAAACAGCAGCACUUCCAUCAAUGACAUCACUACCUGAGAGCAAGGUGCGUCCCAAUUCUUCACCUUUUUCCUGAAGUGUGCACUUGCCUGUCAUGGAUUCAACAAGGGUGGAAACUCCCUACAGCCAAUGUUUACAUGAAUCCACUGCUUUCAAAUCCAUUAUUUUAAAUUGUAGUGUGCAAGUAAACACUUUGGGAGAAGGGUGGAGAAUCGGGACGCAACCCAAGUCAAACCUUUCAGAACGCUUCAAUGGACAUUUGUCAGUUAUACAUGACGAGGAUUAUGUGUUCUGAAAAUGUUUUACAAAUGUCUCAUUCAGAGAGAAUGGGUGUUGUGUUACUUUACAACAUUCCCCUUAAUGUGCUUUUUCAUGUUAAUUUUGAUUCUAACUAAUGGUAUCUUUGUAAAUAAAUCUAUCUUGUUAAUAUUUGGACUGUGCAUACCCUGCGGACGAUGGAGCCGAGUAGCUAUGUCACAAUGAGAUCUCCCGAUUGGCGCAGCAGUCUAAGGCACUGCAUCGCAUUGCUUGAGGCGUCACUACAGACCUGUGUUUGAUCCCAGGCUGUGUCACAGCCGGCCGUGACUGGGAGACCCAUGAGGCGGCACACAAUUGGUCCAGCGUCAUCUGGGUUAGGGGAGGGUUUCGCUGGUAGGGAUUUCCUUGUCCCAUCGCACUCUAGCGACUUCUUGUUGUGGGCCAGGCAUCUGCAAGCUGACAUCGGAACUUAGGGGAAUUGCAGCGAUUGGACAAGACUGUAACUACCAAUUGGAUAUCACGAAAUUGGGGAGAAAGAGGGGUAAAAGUACAACAACAACAAAAUCACAAUGCGGCUAUCUCGUCUGUGGACUCUGAAUUACACUUUACUCUAACUAUCAAACACACACAUAAUUCCAUUGUUGAUGGGUGUUUAUGAGAUGAGAAUAAGGACAAGAUAGGGGGAAUACUAGUGAGGAGCCUACUUUAUUGCCAAGACUUUGGACACAACUGAAAUACACAAAUAGACUAAAGCAGAGUUGGAAAAAGAUCCAUAAAUUCAGACAGAUACACUUGUACAGUGCACAUGAAAACAUUUUUUUAACUUCCCAUCUAUCAUAACUACAGUCUAUGACUGUGAGAGCCGUAGAGUCAAGAGCCAAAAGCAAUAAAGUGAAUGUAACAAUCUG